AAUACCUCUGAAAUAUGAUGGAAUUUUACUUGGCGCGAAGACGAUUCGUGGAGGUGACAAUUCGCCUUUGGUCGACAUGGCCGCAUACGUGUCUUCGUACGAGGAAGAGCGCGCAGCGAAAAUCGCGCGCAACAAAGCCAUGCUAAUAUCACUGGGCCUUGAGAAACCACAACCGGCACCGAAGAGUGGUGCGACAUGUAAUCCUUCUUCCACCUCGGAGUCACAGGAAAGGACAGUCACAAGCAUCGCGACGUCGCCCCGGGUUGCUGAUCCCAUGAGCACCUUCGAGCACCGAAGGAUGACCACAAAGUCGCCAGAAAGUCCGUUGCGGCGGUCUCUUCGAGUGGAGAAGAACAUGAAACAUGAGUUCGAUAAGAGGCGGAUGCACGUGCUGUACCACGACGCCAGGAUCAUAACAAGGAACCACGCACAGCAGCAAAAGUUGUUCAGGAAACGACAAAUGCGGCUACUGGGACCAAAUUCACGGACGGACACAACAUUCUCAAACAACGAAAAGAACAAACGAAUCAUGAAAGAAAAUGGUCUGGACGCUCCAAAACGCCGCGUCCACGAAUUCUCUGUCACGUUGAAGCGAGGGGUCCAUGGAUAUUGCAUAUACUUGGGCAUUGUCAAAUUCCGUGUAUCUGUUGUGGCCUUUCGACAGCCGACGCAAUUCUAUACUGGCCCUGCUGAAGCGUGUGGCCUGAUCCAGCCUGGCGACAUACUUGUCAGUAUCAACGGAGAGAUUUUAUUUGGCGGCGACGACUUCAGGCGAAAAUGGGCCCAACACAGUACCGACUCGUCCAUCACACUCGGGUUUCGUCGUCUAUUAGAGAAAGUAUAAAGAAUAUCGACCACCUUGCGAUCAGCACCACUUGCAGAUAUUCGUCAAGUGCUAGAGGAUAUUCCAACGAGAAUGUUUGAACUCCAUUCGGCGCUGCACCGAGUGGCAGUGGAGCUUACAAACUUCUGAGUGUGUCCCUUUGUG